UUGCAGCCUGAGGAGCAGCAGAAAAGGCUCCGAGCCGCAGGAGCGAGCAGACCCGGACCUCUCCCCCCGGAUCCCCGCUGUCCGUGCCGAGCCCCCGCCAUGCUCUCCCCGGGACUCUGCGUGCCUCUCCUGGCCGUGUCCUGCGCGCUGUGGCCGGCCGCGGUCCGGGCGGCGUCCUGCGAGCCGGUCCGGAUCCCGCUGUGCCGCUCCAUGCCCUGGAACAUGACCAAGAUGCCCAACCACCUCCACCACAGCACGCAGGACAACGCCGUGCUGGCCAUCGAGCAGUUCGAGGGGCUGCUGGGUACCGGAUGUAGCCCGGACUUGCUGUUCUUCCUGUGUGCCAUGUACGCUCCCAUCUGCACCAUCGACUUCCAGCACGAGCCCAUCAAGCCCUGCAAGGCGGUGUGCGAGCGGGCCAAGUCCGGCUGCGAGCCGGUCAUGAAGCGCUACAACCACAGCUGGCCCGACAACCUGGCCUGCAGCGAGCUGCCGCUGUACGACCGCGGGGUCUGCAUCUCGCCCGAGGCCAUCGUCAAGGCGGAAGGACCAGAUCCAUACUACCAGGACCCUGCCAGGUGUAACCCAGAAUCAAGUCCAGACUUCCCAAUGGACUCCAACAACCUGCACUGCAAAGGACCCAGCGGAGUCGACAACUGCAGAUGUAAGACGGUCCGGAUGUCUUUGAAGACCUACCUGAGGAAUAACUACAACUACGUGAUCAGAGCGAGGGUGAGGGACGUGAGGAACCAGGGUCUGGAGCCCACGGCCGUGAUCGACGUCAAGGAGGUCUUCAAGUCCUCGCUGGUCAACAUCCCCAGGGAGACGGUGACGCUCUACUACUCGUCCUCCUGCCUGUGUCCCACGCUGGUCCAGGGGGAGGAGUACCUCAUCAUGGGCUACGAGAACGAGGAGACGUCCAGGUUGCUGUUGAUCGACAGCUCUGUUGCUCAGAAGUGGAGGGACCGAAUGGGCCGGAAAGUGAAGAGGUGGGAUCAGGUCCUGCAGGGGAAACGCCGAGCGCCCCAGCCCCGGAGCCGCCACUGAGACCACACAGUGUGUGUGAGACUGAGCGUGUGAGUGUGUGCGUGCAUGCGUGCGCGUGUGUGUGUGUGUAGAUAUUGCACUAUCACAGGCUGUUGUAGCUGAAUGUAGUUCAUCUCUUCAUCUGUCGGACUCACUGAAGUCUGAGUUUUUUCUUUGUUUUUCUUUGCACAGACAUUGUUUCAUGUGUGUUUUUAAAAGUGUGUGUGUGUGUGUGUGUGUGUGUGUGUGUGUGUGUGUGUGUGUGUGUGUGUGUGUGUGUGUGUGUGUGUGUGUGUGUGUGUGUUCACCUGCAGCACUCGGUUGAGACAGAGAGGGAGUGUAGCUUUAAACACAGCCAUUCCAACAUGUACACGACACUUUCAGUGGAACCGAAUCCCUUCAGUUUUGGCUCCACUUUUCCUCAUUUAUCUAUCGACCAAAACUUUAUUGAAAUGUGCAGAAAAAGUGAGAGAAAACAGCAGAAAUAGUGUGAAAAACAACAAGAAGUGAAAAAGCACAGAGGUACAAACAGUAUUGAGGUCACACACUGUUGAGUGAAAAUGGCCUGAAUCAUGAAAACUCGGCAUAAAAUGACUCAUAAAUACAGAAUGUUACCAGACAGGAUGAAUACACACACAAAUUAUUAAGAAACACACACAAAAUGACAACACAAAGAUAUCUGAAAAAGAAAAUACCUAUGAGGAGACAAAACUCAGUGAUAAAGAUGAAAUUAAAGGAGAAAUGGAUUAAAUUUCAGUAUGACGGCAAAAUGGUGCAAAAUAAUUCCAUGAAAAAUAUUUCAACAGGGCUGAGAGUGAAUAUCACAGUGAAAACAAUUACUACAAAGUCAUUCAAGCAUGAAGAGACUGAAAAUGAUGAGACAAACAGCAUGGCUGCAUGUUAUGUAUGAAAAAAGUGAAAUUGAAAAAAAAUUCAGAAAAAGUCAAAAUUCAGAAAAAAAAGGUUAAAAUGAUCAAUUUAGGAAAAAGUCAAUGUUUUAAAAAUACAUGUAAAAAAUUCUAAUCAUUGCAAAUUCUGUAAAAAGUUACAAUUCUGAGAAAAAAAUUAAAAUAAAAACAUUAAAUUCCUGGAAAAACAUCAAAAUUCUGAAAAAAGAUUUAAAUUUAUAAUUUAUAGAAAGUCUACAUUCUGAGAAAAAAAGUUAAAAUCCCAUAAAAAUGCCAUUCAAAGGGAAAAUGAAUGACUCAAGAAAAAAACCCUGAGGCCCUUAAUCCCGUUGAGGUGACGUAGCGUCGGCCGCAGCUGGUGGUUCACGGGUUCAGAUCAGAGGCUGAAUGGAGUUUAAUCCAAUUUUAACUUCUAUCAUUCUUUAUUACUGAAUAUACUUUAUAAAGGUGAGAACUCGUACUUGUCAACGUUAUCGGUGCAUCUUUACUGUAGAGCCACAAAAAUUAUCCCAAAAAAAAAGCAUCACAGAGAGCUGACAGGAAAACAAGAGGAAUCAGAAGACACUGAAAAGACAAAAUAACCAGGAAUUGUCACAGAGUGACUGGAAAAGUGGAGAAACGGGCACAUGGUGUGAAAAAGGAGCAGGAAACUGAGUCUGUUCUGUCGGAUUUCAAAUUGGAUCCUGAGGCUCCGGUUCCCCUCUCGUCUCUUUGGGACGACUGUUUGCUCGUGUGUGUUACUUUAAGUUCAUUUCACUCACAACCUGUACAUAACAUCUGUGAUUUCUAUGAUCUUUUCAAUAUUUUCAAUGUAGUUUUCAGUCAUUUAAAGGCAGAAAAUGUAAAGAAUUAAAGGAAUUUUGCACAGUUUUCAUGCAUUGAUUAACCGACCUGUCCACCUUCUCCUCGUUUCUACUUUAUUUAGACUCGCUGUUUGUGACGGAGCUCGUUUCAUUUCAGACUCGAGUUAAACCUGCAGACUGUGUCAUGUAAGGUUUCUCCUCUGUCAAUCUCCGACUGUAUUUUUUGAAGACAUAACCGAAAUGACGACCUGUUUACUGAUUAAAUCACAUUAAACAGACGCUGAAUGUGAUUCUACUUUUAACAUUA